AUGAUAUACAUCCAGUCUAGUCACCGGGAGCAGACAAGAAGCAGCCGUACACUCGAUGCUCAUCCGGCAUCUCCGAAGAAGAACACUACUACGCCGAUAGCGCCGAAGAACCAUUUCUGGCUAGACACGAGGUUGGACAUGUUUGAGAACCAGCAUUCGUCUGGUGUGGGCGUCAUCGUUGCUGUCGCUGGUACGGAUGGGGAUGAAACCGCAGGGUGGGAUUCGCUGGAUGUUGGCGUAGCAUGCGUCAUCGUUAGCUUUAGAAAGGAGCUGAGUCCCGAUUGUUGCACCUCACGCGUUGUGAAAAAAGAAUAUGAGCAUGGAGGGAAUGAAUGGGACCCGGAAGAGGGGACGUACGUCGGCUUCUAG